UCUCUUUCCUUUCUUUUAUUUUUUUCUCAAUUAUGUCUAUUGCUUCAGAAGCGCUUCAACUGACUUUUAAUGAUUCUGCUUUGGAUCUAUUAAAUGCAGCUAUUGCUAGUCACCAUCAAGUGAAUAUUGAAGACAGUCCAGGACUGAUUGACACUAGUUCCAAAAUAAUCAAUUCAGAAGAAGAUUCACCAAAAUCAUCACCUACAAAAAAGAAAUCUUCAAAUGCCUUACAUGCUAAGAGAGAACUUGAUAAAGAUGAACAAACCUCAACAGCUGCGCCCAAACGUGCGGGACGCAAACCAUUGGACAAAUCUGCUACAAUUGAUGCUCAGCUGGACCCCAAGCAAAAGAGAAAAGCACAGAACCGUGCUGCUCAACGUGCUUUUAGGGACCGUAAAGAAAAACAUGUUGCUGAAUUACAAGCUCGUAUUGAAGAACUAGAGGCCCUGAAUGCAACAAAGGAUGAGGAUCUCGUCAAAGAAAAUUCAAGAUUAAAAGAACAAUUAAAGAAACUUCAAGAAGAAAACUAUGCACUCAAAGGAGCUCAAUUUACGUUUGAGUUCCCUGUGACUGAGCAUCAACACUCAUCGUAUCCUGUUACCAAUGAACCCAUUCAACCUUCCAACUUUUAUCAGACAAGUAGCAGCAGCAUGAGUAGUGGUAAUAGUUACAGUGGAGAAGAUGGCGCAAGCUCCUCAGCUGAGCAAUCUCCAUUGUCCAACACAAAUACACAUGAAGACGAUUCUGCUGAUACUAGCUUAUUUACAUCCACUCCAUUACAGUUUGGAUUGCAACCCGCUAACAACACACUUGAUUUCUUGGCCGUAUCUGAUUCAACGUAUGGUCUUGGCAAUGGGUUUACCACAAGUCAAAACUUCCCUACAAGCAAUGAUAAUAACUUGGGCUUCCCUACAGUGGAUCUCUUCCAUGGCAAAGAUGACUUGUUUUCAAACUACCAAGUACCUUCUACCAGUAACUUGAAUGAUGACUUUUUAUUUGCUGAUGAAGACUUGACCAAUCUAUUUGGCUCUACAGACGAUCUCUUUGGUGGUAACCAGUUCUCAUUAAACGCACAAUUUGGUCUGCCAGAGACACCAGCUAUUCGUCGUAACAAGAUCUCAGCUGAAAACAAGAAGCGCUUGAUUGAAAAGAUGAAGAGUGGACAAAAGGAAGGCAAACAUGUGUAUCAAAUCCAUCAAGAAAUGGUACAAGAAUGUCCUGAUUUUGAUCUAGAUGCUUUAUGUAAUGAUCUCAAGAAGAAGGCACAAUGUAGUAAGAGUCAGUUUCUAGUUACAGACCGUGAAGUGGAAGCUUUUGUAAAAUGUCUAGAUCAUGUUUAAUUACCUAUUUAUAUACACACACCAACCCAUCCACACACACACAUAUAUACGCACAUACUCUCCUUCCCUCUUUUUCUUUUCUCUAUUAUUAUUCUACAUAUAUAUCAUUUCAUUAU